AUGUGCAUGUAUGAUUAUGCGCAACGUCAAUAUGAGAAUAGGACCCAGCAUGCCAUUUUCGGUCUUUCUACCGACAAUGAGCAGUUCCAUUUUCUACGAAUCAACAGCGAAGGACAAUGGUCCCGACGAGACAUGAAUUACAGAGCUCGUCAUGAAAUCGGUGAAACACUUGCCUAUAUCCAUACACAAGCUUCUAUUCUAUCCACCCGCGAAGGAAGCCAUGGAUCGGAAGGCCACGAUGGACCUAAGAAGUCCCGUUCACAGCGCCGAACAGAUCGGAACCUCUCAACAAACGACAAGGAUGACAGCUCCACGAUAGACUGGUCAGUAUUUCAAGUGGAGGAAAACAUGUGUUGGAGCGAUGAAUCAGAUGAAGAUGACAGCGCAUCUGAUGAUGAGUAUGAGGGUUAA